GCAGUUUCCACUGGCUUCCUUUAGAACUGCACGAAGUAUAUAUAUCUUCUAAAAGAAAUUUCGAACGGAUAAAUCACGGGGAAACCCUUUGCUCAGAGCGCCGGCUGUCAGUUCGUUUCUGCCAACGGCGGCGGGGGUCGUCGUCGUUGAACCCGUGCUCCGACGCGGACAGCCGGGUCACCGCGCACGAAUCUCGACGUGCUCGGCUGAUCUGCCUGCAUGGCUGCACCUGCGCGUGAGCCGCCCCCGCCCCACUCACGGGCACCCCACCGGCGAGGCGGCGAGUCCACGACGACGACGCGUGCGCCGCCGCGCCCAGUCAGCGCCGCCACGUGGGGGAGAGACCGAGACGGGCUUCCGGUAACCCGUGGGGGAAGGGAAUCACGCGCGCACGCGUGACGCGUCUCCGUCUGGACCCGACCCGCUAACGCCGCUAAAUAAAUCCGCCUCGGAUCUGACCAAAUCGGCCCCUCCGUUUGCUCGCCGUCUUGUCCGGCUUCCAUUUCCGCGAGGAGGCGAGAGGAAAAGGGGAAGACGCCGCCGCUUCUGCUUCCACGAGAAUUCUAGCAAAAGUCUUCUGGAGAAUAAUACACCUCUGCGCAUUGUGCUGCAUUUUUGGUAUGGAUGAAUCUUCUGGUAGAUCUGCUACCCCAGUUGGGUUUGUUAGAAGGGGCUCUGGCAUUUCCUUGAGAAAUCAAAGUAAUGAGAAUAGGCCAAGCCAAUACAGCAAUAAACCAGGGAAGAAUACAAAUCUCAAUCCUGUAAAAGCCCGAUUCACUGAAAAUAGAGAGAAGCCAAAGUAUUUACAUGAGCCAUUUCAUUCAUCAGGAUCUAAGGCCUCAUCUGUAGGCUCUUCAAAGGCCCCUGUUAGGAAAUAUCAGGAUGAAAGGCAAAAAAGGCCCUUUUUGGGAGAGGCAGACGUUGCUGAAAGCAGUAACAGAAGAACUGAGGUCAGACGUCUACAAAGUAGCAAGGAAGUUGUUGUUUAUGAAGAUGGGCAUCCAUACACGCAGAGGAGUACAUCAGAAGGUUCAUCAUCCUCUACAUUAACUGAUGGAGGCUUGUCAGAAGAACAUGAUCUUGGAGUUUUAGAGUUUUCUGUUUCUUCAGGGAGUUCUGCACAUACAGUUGAUUCUAGAAAUACUGCAUUGAGUGCUAUGCAACGUAGGCAAAAUGAUAGAGAAGAAUUGAAUUCAGGUAGACCUCAAGGUGCUUCCAAUUUUGUUCAUCGGCGUGUUGUACCUCAAAGUCUCACCACUGGUGUCAAGAUAUCAAGUGCCCAUGGUGCCACCAGUACUUCACUGCAGAGACGUGGCCUAAAAGGCCUUGGUUGCACUUCAAUAACAGAUGUUUUACCUUCAGGUUGUUCUUCAUCUGAUUCUGUUCGUAAUAGGAGGGUCGAAGUUAUGAAAAGUGGACCUUCUGAUGCAGCAAGAUCUUCAAGAUCAAGGGGAAUAAGUGGGCAAUCUAAUUUAGGUCAGCCACGUUCUGGUUAUCCUGGCUAUACUGGUCCUAGGGCUAGAGCUGCUGAACAGUCAGCAAGGACCAAUGGCACAAGUAUUCAGGAUUCUACAGAUUCAGUAAGGACUAGACGAACUUCUACUCUCCGUGCCAGUGAGAGGAUGCGUGCCAAUGAGAGGAUGCCGGGUGAAAGAGAGGACGGCGUAUUUGCUCUGCGUGAGACUGUUACGAGGGUUCGUCAUCCAGAAAGGGGUCAUUUUCCCACCGAUGACAUUUCCCCACAGAGAUUAGCAAGACCUUUUAAUGCAGAAUUGCCUCAUCAAAUUUAUUCAUCUAAUCGUCAAGGCUUGAGUAGUUGGACAGCAAGGAGAAGAUCUCCUUGUCACCCUGAAGCAAGUCCUCAGGAAAUGUUCCAUGGUCUAUUUGGGGAGAGAGAUGGCUACAGACACAUAAACAUGGAUGGAAUUUCAGGGGUGUUGCUAGCAUUGGAUAGGAUUGAACAUGAUGAUGAAUUGACUUAUGAGCAAUUGCUGGUGCUGGAAACCAAUCUGCUUCUAAGUGGCCUUGGACUGCAUGAUCAGCACCAAGAUAUGAGAUUGGAUAUUGACAAUAUGUCGUAUGAGGAACUACUAGCUUUGGAAGAGCAUAUUGGCUCAGUAAGUACUGCCCUUACUGAAGAGCAAUUUGCCAAGUGGGUCAACCAAAGUGUGUAUAAAGCAAAAAAAUCAGAUGGAGAUGUGAACAAGAUCACAGUAGAUGAUGUGAAUGAUGUGAAAUGUAGCAUAUGUCAGGAGGAAUACGAUGAAGGUGAAGUGAUUGGUAGGAUGCAGUGUGACCAUCAGUACCAUGUGUGCUGCAUUCACGAAUGGCUUAGGCAGAAGAACUGGUGUCCAAUAUGCAAAGCUUCAGCAAUACCAGGAGACGCCUGAAUCUUGACUUUUCACUCGUAAAUAGUGUGGAUGUAUGAUUAGGCACUGUAGAUGCUGACGCUGUUCACUCCAAUUUGUGAAUAUGAUAGAUCCUCUCUCUAAAGCCCUGUAACCUCUUGUUACUGCAUCUUUUCUCUUCAUAGAACAUUCCUUGUGAGAUAUGAAUUCUGCUUGAAAGCAGUAUGGUCAGAAACUCGAAAAUAAUGGGAGUUGUCCCAUUCUUAUAAUCGCCUUGAUUGAGACUUACAGUCACAAUUCCUGCUGAAAGGAGAAAUGCUUAUCAUGGAUUGUACAA